UGUUCAGGGGCUGCAAGGUUCCUACAUAAAAGAGAGCCUACAGACUGAGGUGCUAGAGGAGCAGACAAGUGAGGAGCCACUGUCACCAUCAGUUGACAAGGAAAAAAGAAGCAUGCCGACCCUUACUGUGUUACUCCUGCUCUGGGCCAUAGGGUCUUACAGCUUCCCAGCAACUUCAGACACUCACAAACAAGAUGUAGACAUGGUCCAGAAUUACCUACAAAAAUACUACAAUUUGGAAAGAGGAACCAGCCGAUCUGGAGAGCAGAAAAGCAGUGACCUAGUGGCUGAAAAGCUAAAGCAAAUGCAGAAAUUUUUCGGGCUGAAGGUGACUGGGAAGCCAGAUGCUGAAACACUGAACGUGAUGAAGCAGCCCAGAUGUGGGGUGCCCGAUGUGGCCCAGUUUAAAUCCACUCCAAGGAGCUUUCAGUGGGAACGCACACACCUGACCUACAGAAUCACAAACUACACACCAGAUUUGCCUAAAAAAGAUGUGGACCACAUGAUUGAGAAAGCCUUUGAGCUCUGGAGUAAUGUCUCAGUUCUGACCUUCACCAAGGUCUUUGAGGGUGAAGCAGACAUACUCAUCUCCUUUUACUGGAGAGAUCAUCGUGACAACUCUCCCUUCGAUGGUCCUGGAGGUGGACUUGCUCAUGCUUUCCUACCCGGAAAAGAGAUUGGAGGGGAUAUUCACUUUGAUGAAGAGGAAACAUGGACUAAUGAUUUCAGGAACUACAACUUAUAUUAUGUUGCAGCACAUGAACUGGGUCAUUCCCUUGGAAUAAAUCAUAUUCAUGACAUUGGUUCCUUGAUGUACCCAGCAUAUAUCUACUAUGGUGACAUUCAACUGUCUCAGAAGGACAUCAAGGCCAUCAAUGCCUUAUAUGGGCCCAAAAUCACCAACAAGCCGAAAGAGCCACAAGUAACGAAAGAGCCACAAGUACCACAAGCCUGUGAUACCAAGUUAACAUUUGAUGCCGUAACCAAAGUUAGCAGGGACUUGUUCUUCUUUAAAAACAGGUUCUUUUUACGCACAGAUGACUCUCAGCAAGAAGUUGAUUUCAAUGGCAUCUCUCUAUUCUGGCCACUAGUGGGAGCUGGGGUUGAUGCUGCAUAUGAAAUUGCUAUAAGAAAUGAGGUCUUCUUUUUCAGAGGCAGCAAAUACUGGGCCUUCAAUGGAGAUCAGCCAAAAUAUGGAUACCCCAGGGACAUCCACAGCUCCUUUGGCUUCCCUGGCAAGGUGAAGAAAAUUGAUGCCGCCGUUCAUCAGGAGGAAACUGGGAAGACAUACUUCUUUGUUGCCAACAAAUACUGGAGGUAUGAUGAAUAUAAGAAGUCCAUGGAUACAGGUUAUCCUAAAGCGAUCAUUCGUGACUUCCCUGGAAUUGGCAAAAAAGUGGAUGCUGUUUUCCAAAAUGAUGGAUUUUUCUACUUCUUUUGUGGGACACGACAGUACCAAUUUGAUCCUAAAACAAAACGAAUUCUGUCUCUCCUGAAAACGAAUAGCUGGUUCAACUGCAAAUGAUGGCUGACUAUCAUAAAGAAGACUGAAAAAUACUUAUGAUCCCAAUAAGCUGUUUCUCUGAGUAAACAGAUGCCCUUGUGUUUUA